AUGGCUGCCUCGAACGACCUCCGGGGCUGGGUGAUGAGCGCCGUGUCGGGGAUCGCUUGUGUCCUCGGCUCGACCGUUAUCUGCGCCGACCUGGUGCUGCGCCGCCUCACUCACUACAAGAGCUUCCAGAUCGCCAACAGCAACAACUUCCUGGCGGCGUCACUAUGUCUCAGUGCGGGUGUGAUGCUCUUCACCUCCCUGUACAGCAUGCUCCCCACCUCCAAGGAAUACCUCUCGCGCGCCGGCUUCUCCUCCUCCACCGCCGCCUACCUCCUGACCGGUUUAUUUCUCACGGGCAUUAUUGUCAUCCGCAUAGUGUCGGGUUUCAUCCAUCGCUUCAUUCCAUCCAAUGUCGUCGACUGCGCCCAUACCCACGAUGAGCCGGAAACCGACCCCGAACGCGGUGACGGCCCAAGACACGGCCACCACCCGCACGGGGAUACCGAACACACGCCCCUGCUGCGACCACCUGAGCCUCGGUCGUUCAAAUCGACACCAGCUGUCGCGCAGAGGCCCAAUCCCGACGAUUUGCAGGUGUCAGACUCGGCGACCAAGGAGUCGUUGCGGGCGAUGGUCGCGCGCCGGUUCAGUUCGCUCAUGGGCGGCGUUAAGCCUCUGUGUGACGAGAAUGGACCAUGCUACGGGUUUUCUCAGACCUGUGGCCGCGAGUGCACCAAGAUUCUCCCGCCCAUGAUCGCACCAAGUGAGAUUUCCCGCCCUGGUUUGCCACCGCACCAUCAGAGUAUUGCUGUGCAGCUUCACUCUGGCGAGACACACCCAAAUUUGGUGCCAAAUACAGGACACAACGACACAGUAUCGGCGCCACACUCGGUUCCGGCCAGUUCGUCCUCGUCGUCACGGACUCAAGACGUGCACUCGGAGCAUCUAGAUCACUCGCACCAAGGUCACGACGACACACAGUUGAAGCCUACAACUGGUAAUCCCCAUCACCACCACGUCCCACAGAACGCAUUCCUAUCCAUUGGCCUACAAACGUCCCUCGCCAUAGCCCUCCACAAACUCCCCGAGGGCUUCAUCACGUACGCCACCAACCACGCCAACCCCAAACUCGGCCUCACCGUGUUCCUAGCCCUCUUCGUGCACAACAUCACCGAGGGAUUCGCCAUGGCGCUACCGUUGUAUCUAGCGCUCAGCUCGCGCUGGAAAGCAAUGUUCUGGUCCAGCUUACUGGGCGGUAUCAGCCAACCCGCCGGUGCGGGCUUGGCUGCAUUGUGGAUCUGGGGCUCCGGACGCCACAACGGCAACGACGCCACGGGCCCUUCAUGGGGCGUAUAUGGCGGGAUGUUCGCCGCCACAGCCGGAGUGAUGACAUCCGUCGCGCUGCAGCUGUUCAGCGAGGGAAUUGGUCUGACGCACAACCGGGGUAUGGGAAUUGGUUUUGCCGUGGCGGGAAUGGGUCUGAUGGGCCUGAGCUUUGCGUUGACGGCCUGA